GAUGUCACCUCUAUUCGUGCGUUGCGGUUUCUCUCAAAUUUACUUGAGAUUAACAACUUCAACAGGGAGACCUUCCGAAGCUUUCUGAGAUUAACUCGUUUUCUGAGAUUUUCAUUUUUUUUUGUGUUGACUGGAAAAUUUUGAAAGCGAUUGUAUUUCGCCCUGGAUUUCAAGCUGUCUUUUAGGUUUUACUGAGGCUGUGAUAUUUAAGUAGUGCAUAGAAAACCAUAAACAGACAUGAACACUAUUGAAUCGAGGGGUCCUUCUCUUAGAGGAUAUCAAUGGAGGAAGGUAGUGCUGGAUCUAAAUGCUCCUCCCUGUGAAAUCAUAGAACAGGAGGGUACUUCAGAACAGGUUGGCCUCAAGGAAGUGGCCUGCCAACCCGUACAUCCUGCAUCACCUGCUACAAUUGAUGUUGAAGUUAUUGAUGAUGAUGUAACUGAAAGUUCUGCUACAGCAUUUGCAGAGGCUAAAAACAACUCAAGGAGGAGCAGUGGAAGGACUGUUGUUGAUCUAGAUUCAGGAUGGCUGACUAGGUCAACUAAUAAUAAUCAGAACAAACAUAGAAGACCUCCUCCAAGCCAAACAGUUAUCAAUUGUGAUCAUUACAUUAAUUUGGAAAGCACGCCGCAAUUUACUGUCAAGGAAAUUCUAAAGCCGCAACCACCUCCAACCUUCAAUUGUCCAAUUUGUAUGGGUCCAUUAACCGAGGAGAUGUCGACAAGGUGUGGACACAUAUUCUGCAAGGCAUGCAUUAAAGCUGCAAUAGCUGUCCAGAGAAAAUGCCCAACUUGCAGGAAAAAAGUCACUGUGAAGGAACUAUUUAGGGUCUUCCUUCCAUCUGCCUGUUAAAUAUGAGCUCUGCUCAAACUGGACAGUACAAACUGCCUUGAAAAGAAGCAGAAUCAAUGGAGUUUGCAUGUCAAUGGAACAAUUUCUUCAAGGGAAUGUUUACUAGUGCUUAAUUUGCACAUGGCCUAACCAAAAAAAGAUUAAAAAACAGCUUGAUUAAUGCCUAGAGGCACGGGUUAAGCAAAUCCUUUUCUGAAUAUUGGAACUUGACAUGUGUAGUUUUAUAGUAUAUUUGAGUGGAUAAUUUUUUUGAUUAGA